CGGAAGGUGGAUCCUGCCCCGGGAGAAAUCAGGAAGGGAUGCGGCUGUUGCUGCUGCUGCUGCCCCUCGUGCUGUGGGGAGCACCCCUAGCUCAGCGCCUGGAACUGCGGCAGAAUGUGAUCGUGCAGGAGGGCCUGUGCGUCCUCCUACCCUGCACCUUUCCCCAUCCCUGGGUUUCCUUUGGAAAGAUCUACAUGUUUUGGUUCCGGGAAGGGGCAGAUACAAAACACGAUCCCCUGGUGGCCACGAACAAGCCGGUACAGAAGCUGCAUGAGGGGACCCAGGGGCGAUUCUCCCUCCCCAGGGAGCCCCAGGCCAGAAACUGCAGCCUAAGCAUCACGGAUGUCAACGCAGGGGACAGCGGGACAUACUUCUUUCGAGCCGAGACACACUUCAGAAAAUUCCCAUAUCUAAACAAGAUGUUCUUUCUGAACGUGACAGCGCUCACCCAUCAGCCCCACGUCCUCAGCCCGGGGGCCCUGGAGGCCGGCCGCCCCGGGAACCUGACCUGCUCUGUGCCCUGGGCCUGCGAGCGGGCCACGCCCCCCGUCUUCUCCUGGACGUCCGCUGCCCCCAGCUCCCUGGGCCCCAGGACCCCCUUCUCGUCGGUGCUCACCCUCACCCCACGGCCCCAGGACCACGGCAGCAGGCUCAUCUGCCAGGUGAAGUUCCCCAGAAGCGGGGCGAUGGUGGAGCGGACCAUCCUGCUCAAUGUCACCUAUGCUCCACAGCACGUGGCCAUCAGCAUGUUCCAAGGAAACAGGACAGCCCUCAAGAUUCUGCAGAACACCUCGUCCCUUCCCGUCCAGGAGGGCCAGGUGCUGCGGCUGCUGUGUGCUGCUGACAGCAACCCCCCUGCACAGCUGAGCUGGUUCCGGGGGUCUCCCGCCCUGGAGGUCACCGCCAUCUCCAGCACUGGGGUCCUGGAGCUGCCUCGUGUAGGGGCAGCAGAAGAAGAAGUGUUCACCUGCCAGGCUCAGAACCCGCUGGGCUCCCAAAAUAUCUCCUUGAGCCUCUCCGUGGUCUGUAAACCACAGCCCAGGGCCGGCAAGGUCUUGGGAGCAGUCGGGGGAGCUAGCGUCACGGUCCUGCUUUCUCUCUGCCUGUAUCUCCUCUUCAGAGUGAAGACCCACAGAAAGACCCAGCCGGUGCAAAGCAUGGAUGAUACGAACCACGCCGUGGGCUCCGGCUCCAGGGAACGCCAGCCCCAGUUCUCUACAGAACCCCCUGCAGACCACCCCGCCCCCGCUGGGGCUGGCCCCAUCUCAAGAAAUGAACAAGAACCUCACUAUGCUUUCCUCCGAUUUCACAAGCCAAAGCCUCAGAAAAAGGAAGGCACUCACACUGAGUACUCAGAGAUCAAGAUACACAAGUGAGGAAUUCUUUUCUCAUGGUCUGGAGCCUGGAAGUCUGAGAUCAAGGUGUCGGCAGGCUUGGUUCCCUCUGAACCCUCUCUCCUUGGCUUGGAGAUAGUUGUCUUCUCCCCGUGUCCUCACACGGUCUCCUCGCUGUGUGUUUCUGUGUCCUAAUUCAUUCUUCUUAUAAGAACAUGAGUUUUCAGCCUGUAACACUCAGCCUCCAAUCAUUUAAAAACAAAUGGCCUUCUUGGCAGUGGUCAGAAUUCCCUGGUAUGGGUGGAGGACCAUAGGACUUGUGACCAAAAGUAGUUGUUGUUCAGCUGCUAAAAUCAUGUCCAACUCUUUGCAAUCUCAUGAGCUGCAGCACACCAGGCUUCCCUGGCUAUCUUCCCUAACUAUCUUCUUGAGCUUGCUCAAACUCAUGUCCAUUGAGUCGUUGAUGCCGUCCAACAGUCUCAUCCUCUGUCAUCCCCUUCUCCUCCUGCC